UUGUCUGCGUUGAACCUUUCCAACAAUCGUCUCAGUCACCUUCAGUCUUUCGCCGAUAUCGCCGCCAAGGCAGGAUCAGUGACGUUCUCAAUUGAACGCAUCGAUUUGAGUGGAAACUUCUUCCACCAUCCUAACAACCUCCAGCCACUUCAAUUUGUGCCUGGCCUUACGUCAUUGGAUAUCUCGGAAACUCCCCUGGGCGGUAAACUCCAGAACUCGGCUCAGGCCAAAACCCUUCAAGCCUGCUUCUCAUUGGCGGCUAUAACCGACAGCUUCCUGUCUAUUUACGUCUUUGUUUGUGGUCUUGUCAUAAUCCCUUCACUGAUUUCGUUUGACAACGGAUUUCUUGGACAUCUUCGAUACCGACAGACGAAUCCUCCACUUUGUGCCCGCUCUGAAGACCCUCUCGACGGAAGUAGCUCGACAAUUGGUGACCCCGGCGUGGUCCAAACACCCGACCUUCUGAUCUCAAGCCCGGGCACUGGGUUCAACGGCUCGCCUGUCCGAUCUUCGGUGGAGUUUGCUGUCGAACGCGAACGCCCUUCUGCUAACUCCGUGAAUCGGAUUCCACUGCCGACCUCCAUACAGGGCUACUUCCCAAACGACGAGGUCAAACUCCCACUCCUGAGCUUUUUAAAAGAGUACUUUGCAAGGUACGACUGCUCACCCCGCGGCACAAAUUUGAUUUCCUACUACACUGCGGCGUCUAUUCUAACAUGCUCCCUCAACGCAACCUCUCAUGGCUCCAACCGGGGUAUAAUGGAAACCAUAGAAGCCGGUAGUAGUGGUGGUGGUGAACCCCAAAAGAAGGUGGUGCUCAUGACGGGCCAUUUGGAUGACUCUUACUUCAAGAAUAAUCGCAACAUCCUGCGAUGCCGAGAUGAGACUCGACGCAAAGAACUGGUUUCCGUUGGGACUGUGUCUAUAUGCUCCGCCCUGGAACGGUUUCCCGCUACAGAGCAUCUCUUGGAGUCCUUCUCAGUCGACGUGAUAUUUCACUCGGCAAGUCAAAUGCUGUUCAACGUCACCGGAGUGUUUUAUGAAGUAAAGCAGCCAGGCAAUGCGAAUGCAGGUGUUCGCAAGGUUCUCCGCUGCUUUGCGCGUACGAUGGUUCUCGUGGCACCUGGUGGACACAUUAUUCAGGACGAUCUAAUCAUAUCCAAUCCUCCUGACGCCCUCAUCCAGCGCUACAUUCGCGACGUCAAAAAGCAGUCACUCCUAAAUGCAGCAUCCCUCCCUCCGCCACCGUCGGCACCCUCCGGCGCCUUCCUUGGCACCAGUUCUAAUGCAAAUCUCGCAGAUCGAGAUGUCAUGCUGGCCGAGUUUCGACGUCAGACGGGCAUGAAUGUCGCCUACGCUCGUCAGUGCCUGGAAGAAUUUGGCUGGAAUUUCGAAACCGCCCUUAGCAGUUUCCAGGUGGCACAUAGUGCGAACAAGAUCCCCGCUUCGGCUUUUGUUCAAGAAUAG